AGAAAAAGCAAGCUCUAGCAGAAGAGAGAGAGAGAGAGAGAGAGAGGUGAAGUGCAGGGACGGAAGUGACAAAUGCAGCAGAAAUGAAUAGUAACAACAAUCAUAACUCCACCACCCACCUGAAACAAGAUCUGGACCCCCUAACCAACCCCACCUCCGACUCUUACCCCCACCCUCACUCCCAACUCGAGCAACCUCAACCCCAACAACGUCGCCCCCGUGGAUUCGCGGCCGCGGCAGCCGCCGCUUCAAUGGGUACCUCCACCACCGGCAAUAAUAAGGGCAGAAAAGAGAGAGAGAAAGAAAAAGAACGCACGAAAUUAAGAGAGCGCCACCGGCGAGCCAUCACGAGUCGAAUGCUGGCUGGCCUCCGUCAGUACGGUAAUUUCCCUUUACCGGCGAGGGCUGACAUGAAUGAUGUGCUCGCCGCGCUUGCCCGUGAGGCUGGCUGGACUGUGGAAGUAGAUGGCAACACUUAUCGCUCCUCUCCACCUCCAUCGCUCAUGGGUCCGUAUCCUAUGAGGUCGGUUGAUAGCCCACAGUCUGCUAGCUCUUUGAAAAACUGCUCCAUGAAAGCAUCGUUAGACUGUCCGCCAUCAGUCCUCAGGAUUGAUGAGAGUUUAUCGCCAGCAUCUCUUGACUCUCUAGUGGUUGCAGAUAGGGGUACAAAGAAUGAAAAGUAUAGUGGUGCCAGCCCCAACAACUCAUCUGAAUGUUUGGAGGCUGAUCAGCUUAUGCAAGAAAUUCAUACUUGUGAGCAAGGGAAUGAUUUUUCAGGAACUCCCUAUGUCCCUAUUUAUGUGAUGCUUGCUACUGAUGUAAUCUAUAACUUCUGCCAGUCAAUGGAUCCUGAAGGUGUUAGACAGGAGUUGAGGGACCUGAAGUCUUUACAAGUUGAUGGUAUUGUUGUUGAUUGCUGGUGGGGUAUUGUUGAAGGCUGGACCCCACAGAAAUACGAAUGGUCUGGAUAUAGGGAACUGUUUAACAUUAUUCAAGAGUUCGAGCUGAAGUUACAGGUUGUAAUGGCAUUUCACGAGUGUGGAGAAAAUGAUUCUGGUGGUGUAUUAAUAUCUCUCCCCCAGUGGGUUCUGGAAAUUGGAAAAGACAAUCAAGACAUAUUCUUCACCGACUGUGAAGGAAGGAGAAACACUGAAUGCCUGUCUUGGGGCAUUGACAAAGAACGAGUACUAAGAGGAAGGACUGGCAUAGAGGUUUCAUUUCUGCUGUUGAGAUCGGACUGGGAGCUUCUGGGGAGCUAAAGUACCCUUCUUUUUCUGAAAGGAUGGGAUGGAGAUAUCCUGGUAUUGGUGAGUUU